AUGUUGGAGAAAGAAAAUAUGACAUGGAACAAGGGUGAACUCUUGAGUCCUACAGCGAAGAUGUUCCAUGAACCAUCUAUCAACUGUUAUGUCAUUGCUGCAGUGGGUUUUAAGACAAGAGUCAAUCCUCAAGUCAUUAGAGAAGGUUUAGGUCAAACUUUGCUCAAGCAUCCAAGAUUCAUCAGCAAGCUGGUUAAAGAGGGAAGGAAAAGAAAGUGGAUUCCAACAACAGUUGACUUAGACAAGCACGUCAUAGUUCCAGAAAUAGAUUCCAAUUCCAACGUAGAACAGGCAGAUAGAUUCGUUGAAGACUACAUCUCCCAUUUCAUCAAAACUCCACUUGACAUGUCCAAGCCACUCUGGGAACUGCACAUCCUCAACAUCAAAACCUCAGAUGCAGAAGCUGUUGCCAUAUUUCGGAUCCAUCAUUCCCUUGGCGAUGGUGCCUCUCUCAUAUCACUCCUCCUUGCCGCCACUCGCAAAACCUCUGACCCUCUUGCACUGCCAACUGUGCCAACCCAAAACAAACACUCCUCACGCCAUCGCUCCACUCCAUUCUCAUGGCUCUUCGCUAUUUGGUGGGGGCUACUUCUCAUCUGCCACACUCUCCUCGAUGUCCUGCUCUUUAUUCUCACCAUUUUCUUCAUCAGAGACACCCCAACUCCUCUCAAGGGUCCUCCUGGGGUUGGAUCAAAUAACAAGCGCUUUGUGCAUCGCACUGUUAGUAUGGAUGAUAUCAAACUAAUCAAGAAUGAAAUGAAAACGACCAUCAAUGAUGUUAUGUUGGGGGUAACACAAGCCGCGCUCACUCGCUAUUUGAAUCGAGCAUAUGCAGAUGUGAACUCAAAUAUCAAUGGUGCCAAAGAGAGAUCAAGUGUCCAUAAGAAGAUUCGCCUUAGGGCAUCACUUAUGGUUAACAUUAGACCGGGUGGUGGAAUACAGGAUCUAGCAGAUAUGAUGGCAGAGAAAUCAAAAGUAAAAUGGGGUAAUUGGAUAGGAUACAUCAUCCUCCCAUUCUCUAUUGCUUUGUGUGAAGAUCCAUUGGAAUAUGUUCGUCAAGCCAAGAACACAAUCGACAGGAAGAAGCACUCAUUGGAAGCAAUUUUGUCCAACGUUUGUGCAAAGGCAAUACUCAAUUUAUUAGGUGUCAAGGCUGCUGCUACCCUAACACAAACAGUUCUCUCUAACACUACCUUAACCUUCUCUAAUGUGCCUGGUCCCGUGGAAGAAAUAAGCUUCUUCGGUCAACCCGUGGCAUACAUUGCUCCUACUGUAUAUGGACACCCUCAUGCAUUGACAAUCCAUUUCCAAAGUCAUGCUAAAAAGAUGACCAUUUCUGUAGCAGUGGACCCACUUGUUAUUCCGGAUCCUUACCUUCUUUGUGAUGAUUUAGAACACUCGCUCAAUCUCAUCCGCGAUGCUGUUCAGAGAAAGAAGUCUAAUAGAUUAACAACUUACACCUAUUGUGAAAAAUUGGGUCAUACCGAGACGAUCUACUAUCGCAAGAAUGGUUUCCCUAACCAAGAAAUCAAAAAUUUAAGAGGCACUAACAAUAGAAAGCUCUACACUCAUUGUGGAAGAACCAGACACGCAAUAGAGGUUUGCUAUAGAAAACACGGAUAUCCAUCGGGCCAUAAAUUUUUCAACAACAAGCAGUCUCAAGUUAAAAAUGUUUCAACACAAGAAGACAAUGAUGUUGGAAAAGAUCAAAACUGCAAUGAAGUAGCUGAUGUUCGUCUCACCCCUCAACAAUGA